AUGGGUAGUGCUCUGCCUGAAGAUGUAUUAUUUGAGAUUUUCAUGCGUCUCCCAGUAAAAUCACUGUUGCGAUUCAAGUCUGCAUGUAAAACAUGGUAUGCACUCAUCGAAAGCUCCGACUUCAUCUAUCGCCACGCCAAUAUGACAGAUUAUAAAUCCAAGUUAGGCACCUUGAUCUGUCAAUUCGACACAUCCGAUCAGUUUUUCGUGCUUUCUGGUGAUGAGAGCUUGGAGGUGUUCGAAGAUCGAGGUAAUGGGCCAUGUUUUAAUAAGGACUAUUCUGAUGAUACUCCACGUAGAGAGAUGGUAGCUUCCUGUCAUGGGAUAAUCUGCAUACGAUAUAAGAAAACCAAGGAUAUUGGUCUCUGGAACCCUGCUACCAGACAAUGCAGGAUUCUCCCAAAACCGUUAAGUUACGGAAAUUUAAGUCCACGCAGUAAUUCCGUUGGCUUCGGAUUGGAUAUCGUAAACAAGGAUUACAAAGUGCUGCUAGUCACGUCAUUCAGACAAGACGGGUGGAGUCAGUCAUACCCUUUAGAUUGUGUUCGUAAAGUUCAAAUUUACAGCCUACGUAGUGAUUCUUGGAGAUGA